ACGUGGUAACACACCAAACAGUUCUGUAACUGGAGCAGUGCAUAGCGAGUGGACUGAAUCGUUGACUGAAAACUCUAAGAAACACCAGAGGACAAGACCGUGUGAGAAAUGCUGCCCCCGACUUACGUUCCGGGUUUCCACGACGAGGCGGCCGUGAAAGCGAUGCGCUAUAAUGACCUCGGCACGACAGGUCUCAAAGUGUCCCACCUGGCGCUGGGUGGUGGUGCACUUGGGCUAUACGGGGACUACCCUGAAGAGGAUGCAAUUGCUGCAGUGCGGGAGGCGAUCCGGCAGGGCAUCAACUACAUCGACACGGCACCCUUCUACGGCCUCGGGAGGUCUGAAGAAGUUCUUGGCAAGGCUCUGAAGGGCAUCCCUCGGCAGGCAUACUAUAUCGCCACCAAGGUCGGCUGCUAUACAAUGGACCCACGCACCAUGUUCGAUUUCUCUGCGCAGAAGACGAGAGAGAGUGUCGCAAAGAGCCUCGAGCUGCUGCAACUGGACUAUGUGGACGUCAUACAGGUGCACGAUGUGGAGUUCGCUCUGAACCUGGACAUAAUUAUCCAGGAGACUCUUCCAGCGCUGCAGGAACUUGUGGCAAAGGGCAAGGCGAGGUUCAUCGGCAUCACGGGGUACCCUCUCGAGCCGCUCCGAGAGAUCAUCGAGAAGAGUGGCAGCGUGAAGGUGGACACGGUGCUGUCGUACACCAGAGACACUCUCAUAGACGAUACACUGCAGCAGCACCUGCCAUUCUUCAAGGAGAAGGGCGUGGGCGUCAUCUGCGCGGCGGGUACGGCGAUGGGCCUCCUGAGCAGUGCGGGGCCACAGCCGUGGCACCCGGCAUCCCAGGAGCUGCAGGACGUGUGCAGGGCGGCAGCCGACUACUGCAAGGAGAGGGGUGUCGAGCUGGCCCGGCUGGCGAUGCACCACGCCCUGACGCGCGAGGGCCAGGCGACACAUGUCGUCGGAAUCAAUAGCACAGAAAUCCUGCGCUCCAACCUGCAGAUCCUGCGUGACGGGCUGACUUCUACAGAGCAGGAGGUGCUGCGCGACAUCCGACAGAAGUUCUUCGCUAAGCUGCCAAUGCAUCACUGGGAAGGUGUGGAGCUGGCAAAGAUGAGAGAAGAGUGGCGGAAGCUGGGGAUGCUCUGAGCUGCUGAGGCUCCGCAUUGUGAAAUGCGGGGUGUUGAAAGCUGUUGGUGUUGACUUCCUGCUGUCAAACUCUUCCUGCUGUCAAACUCUCUGUCAGACGCUGAGCUGUUGAGGCUCCGCAUUGUGAAAUGCGGGGUGUUGAAAGCUGCUGGUGUUGACUUCCUGCUGUCAAACCUGUCCUUCAAAAAUUCACUGUCUGCCCCUCUGUCAAAUGGCUGGUGCCACUGCAGCUCCUGCACAUUGCAGUUGGCAUUCUAAACGGGCGGUGCUCUAUAUCACCCGCAGGAGUUUUGUUCAAACUCAAGUUGAAUUUUUUAAAAGCUGCUGUUUGGAAUGUAUAUCCUGCAUUUGUAUAAAGGUGUAUUCACAAUUGAUUUCAACAGCCUUGAUAGCCUUCAUAACAUGUUAAUUUUCUUAAGUGAUAACAUUUCCGACAGUGUUUUCUCAUUUCUUGUCAACAAUGCAGAUUGUCUGAACUAUGUACUGCAAGAAAAUUUCUAAUUUUUGCAGAAAGUGUGUACUGCUCUACUUUGAUUGCAUUUGUUGUAAGUCAUAUGAUUUUAUAUUUUAUUUCAUUCCUCUCAACUUUAAUAUCUACGCUUUCUGUGAUUUGUUUUUAUUUCAGUCCAUACACGAAAGCAAACAUCAACACAAAAAGAGUAAAGAAUAAAACUACACACCUGCACAAAAAAGAAAAAAAAAUAUUCUAAAAACAAAGAUGAUGUGACUUACCAAACGAAAGCGCUGGCAGAUCGAUAGACACACAAACAAACACAAACAUACACACAAAAUUCAAGCUUUCGCAACCAACGGUUGCUUCGUCAGGAAAGAGGGAAGGAGAGGGAAAGACGAAAGGAUGUGAGUUUUAAGGGAGAGGGUAAGGAGUCAUUCCAAUCCUGGGAGCGGAAAGACUUACCUUAGGGGGAAAAAGGGACAGGUAUACACUCGCACACACACACAUAUCCAUCCACACAUAUACAGACACAAGCAGACAUAUUUAAAGGAAAA